GCGCUGUGUGCGGCGCUACAGAGACUUGGCCUACAACAUUCUUGAGGUUUGGACUCCCCAGGAGACAAAGCUCUGGGGGUGGAAGUUCACCUUUUACUCCGUACAUUUACCCUGGUAUUGGUAGCCCGGGACAUCCGGGCGACUUGACAGCUUCUGCCCAACACUUUUCCGGCGAAGGUCUUUGUGGACAUCCUCUGCAUGCUUCCAUAUACCCCAAUUCGCUGACGAGCCAUGUCGUCGAAGGCGAUUGACAACCAGGGUCCAACCAUCCUGGCGGUGUGCUGGAUCCUGGUCUUAAUCCCGGCACUUAUUGUCGCCCUCCGAAUGUAUUGCAAGGUGAUGUUGAAUAGAGGAUUCGGAUGGGAUGAUAUGGUGAUCUGUCUGGCUCUGGUGCUGCUCCUUGUCUACACGGCGCUCACCACCCGAGGCGUCCAGAUGGGCGUAAUCGGUAAACAUGUUGGCGAUAUUGACGACCCCAGUAAAACGCCUGGAGCGCUAAAGUUGAUCUAUAUUGGCAUGAUUAUUUGUAUCAUCAGCUGUGUGCUCAGCAAGACGUCCUUCGCCAUCACCCUAUUGCGCAUUGUGACAAGUACCUGGCAGAAGGCGAUCCUGUGGUUCAUCAUCAUCUCUAUGAAUAUCAUCAUGUGGCUAUGUGCCAUUUGCUACCUGCUGCAGUGCAAGCCCGCGGCGGCACUCUGGGAUGCCGAGCUUAUGCCGACGGCGGACUGCUGGCCCAGCUAUAUCUUUCAGACGAUAGCUCUUACUGCCGGGGGCGGUUCGCUGACAUGUUUCUUAGCCUAUUCCGGAUGUAUGGAUUUCAUAUUGGCCUUACUGCCAUGGUUGGUGAUUUGGAAGCUCCAGAUGAGGCGACGCGAGAAGCUAGGCAUCGCAAUUGCGAUGAGCUUGGGUAUCUUUGCGGCAGCGACGGCCUUCAUCAAAACCACGAAGCUAACCAACGUGUCAAACGUCGCCGACUAUACAUAUGCAUGUUCGGAGAUUCUCAUCUGGGCAUCGGCUGAAACAGGUCUGACCAUUUUUGCCGCCUCGAUUCCUUCCCUCCGGGUGCUGUUUGUCCGGAUCAGUUCCUCCUACAAUCACAGUGACGAGCCAUCUUCCUAUGCCUACAGCAGCUCCGCAAAGAGAAGCCGGAAUCGCCGGGGCCUGGCUGGGUCUCGCCAGCGAGAUCCUUACUACAGUGGGGAGACUAUCAUCCUUCCCGACCGACGAGACGACAACAGUGCUAAAAGUAUACUUGGGAGCUCCGGGAUUAAGCAGACGCAAGAGGUCAUCGUAACAUACGACCAGGGCCCAGAGGAGAACGAACAGGUGGCAGAUAGGCUGGAUGUUUUGCGCUCAGAGUCACACCGUUAGGACGGCUGUCUAUGUAUUAUAUUGCGAUUGGCAAGCGUGUGCACUACCCUGGGUGUUAUGACUAUGGUCAGACAAAAUAAGAUGAUAUCAAUCGCCAAUAGAAGCCCAACCAGGGACGAGUUCUCCUGGCCAACUGAAAUGAAAGCUUGACCACGCAUUUGACACCGAUCGCUCCCCACGAUCAACCGUAUCGCCAAAACCAGCCAGGGAAUCAGUGAUGACUUUGGUUCUUUUGGGGAAAUUUGCGCCUGAUCUCCUCCUCAGUGAAUCGGCGAGUCUUAGUGCGCAGCAUUUCCGCAAUUUCGCUCUGCUCCAUCCCGAUCUGAUCUCCCAAUGGAACCAAACACU